AGCCUCGAGGGCUGUCAUCCAUCACAGAAGUGUGAGAAAAAGAAAAGGACGCUCAGAAAUUGUUUAGUUCUUCGUGCUUAAUUUGUACGCUUUUAUUACAAAAAUUGGAUUUCUUUAGGAUUAAAUUCGCCAAAUUAUGCCGGAAACCAUUCACUGUGUGCUAGUUUUCAUUUGCCUGAUGCAGCUGGUGGCCUGCGAUUUCAGUUGUCCAUCAAAAUGUGAAUGCACCGAGGGGACUGAUGGACUGAAGGCACAAUGCCAGAGCCAAAUAUACGAUUUGAAGGAAAUCGAAUUCACGGACGUUGCGGAACAGUUGACACACAUAGAUCUGAGCCGGAAUAAGAUAUCCUCUCUGGAUGGCAAAAUAUUUCACAACAUGACUCGGUUGAGAUCGUUAGAUUUAUCGAACAACGCCAUUCGAAGGAUCGAUUCCGGCGUAUUGAGCAAUCUGCUGGCAAUGAAAAAACUCAAUUUUUCUCAAAACCAGAUCGUGUCGAUCGAGCAAGGUGCAUUUGACAAUAUGCCAAAUCUUAAAAUAUUGGAUCUUUCAUCGAAUCCGUUGGCGUGCAAUUGUGACCUGCUCUGGCUAGUGCCGUGGUCCAUGAACGCAUCCGUCAAAUUGCAACCAGCUCCUAAAUGUGGUACCCCGUUUAAGAAUAUGCUUCUGAAGAAGCUCCGGGUAGGAGUCGAUCUACAUUGCGCCUCUGCAGGAGAGGCCCCUAUGUUGCAAUUGAUUCCUAGCGUGGACCAGGUCCUGUUCCAAGGCGAUCCGUUGCGUCUACGAUGUAGAGCUCCUCGUCUGGCCGUGGGUAGCGUUCGAGACUCAGAGGACAUUCACAUACGGUCGCAUAUAUUCUGGGGCUGGUCAAGCACGAGGACCACAGAAGACCCACUGCAAGAUAUUGUCUUUCACGAACCGCUGAAGCUGUUUCCAUCGUCUACUAUUAGCACGCGACCGCUCUCCGACGGCGGAAUACUGGAUUCGACUUUGAUCAUACCGCAGGUAAAAGCGAACCACAGUGGCACGUGGGAUUGUCGAUUGGUCACCAGUUCGGCAAGUUUUUCAAAGAGAAUUUCGGUGAUAGUUAUAUCGAACGAAACACAUUUUUGUCCGGAAACAUACACUCACGACAGCAAGGGGUCUUACUCUUGGCCUAAGACGAUCACCGGAAGGACGGUACACUUACCGUGUGCAAACGAUGCAGGUACUACCGUACCUUAUGCGUACUAUACGUGUACAAUGAACGGAACGUGGAUUAAUUUUGACGCUACCAGCUGUGCUUACGUAUUGGAAAGCACUCGUGUUCUGGAACAGUUUUCAAAAACCAAUCUCUCGGGGAACAUUCUGGAAAGUGCGCGUUAUUUAAGAAACUAUUCCCAUACCUUGCUGGCGAAAAACGUAAAUGCGCUUGAUUUAGUUUACCUAACUCGAACUAUAGAAAACUUCGCUAGGGAAACAGACCACGAUAAGGAUUUGGGAUUCGUUUUGAUGGAUAUUUUCGUUCAUCUUUUGAAGUAUAGUUCCAACGCUGCUUCCUUUAUUGAAGCACAAAAGGAGGACCGUUCCUGCCAGAAACUUUUUUAUUCCUUUAAAUCCGUUGUAUUUAAUUUGCCAGUAUCCGUGUUGAGCAAAGAGAACAUACAGGUAGAGUUGUUUGAAAUUCCCUUUCAGGGAAGUACAAAUGGGUUCUCCUGCACUGGCAUCAGUCACAACUCCAAAAUGAGUCCCCUUAAAUGCAGCAUCAUCUCAAAACUUCCCCAGUACACUUUCAACGAAAGAAACGUAGAAGUUUCGCUCUUUACGUCAUUUUCAAAGCCAUUUGUUAAUCAGUAUGCCUCGACCCGUAUCAUGAUCUCCAUAUUCGACAGUAGUUUGCUAUUUCCAAAUUACGAUCCGGAAUAUCGAAUAACUUCCAAGGUGAUUCUGCUGGAGCCCAUGCAAAUAGGUAUUGAUUUCUCGCACAAUACCACAGAGAACACCGACAUUAUUCUCGUGUUGAAAACGGCUCUUUAUCAUGACGAAAUAAGCAAACCAAUACCGGUUAUUUGGGACCCUCUGUUGAACGAUGGCCUUGGCGGGUGGAGUAGAAAGUUUUGCUUUCAAAACCAUUUGUUUAACCGAGCACUCAUAUUUUCGUGCAAAAAGUUUGGCGUUUACGCCGUUAUGCAAAAUGUGAAAUAUCUCAACGAUUUUUUGGACAACGAAGAUGCCGGCGCUAGUUUUAGGUACAGCGAAAUAGGCGUAUACGUUGGCAGCGUGGCUUUAUUUGUAGCGUGUUUUUUCAACAUCAUACUGUACACGACAUUCGCCUCAAAUAUCCGAAUGAAUGUGCGCAAACGGCAUUGCUUGAUAAAUCUUUGGUUGAGUUUAUCGGCGCUGGCUUUCCUUUAUGCAUUCGGAAUACAUCUGACGGAGGAUUUCAAGGUGUGCGAAAUAGUUGGGCUGUUGAUGCAUUAUUUUACAUUGGCUACUUUGCUUUGGUACACCACGCUGUUGUGCAACUUUUAUAAAACAAUUUCUCGACGGAGAAAUGCGGCUCAGGAAAUAGACACCGUUGCCUCGUCCAUCACUAGCACAAACGAAGUGACGAAAAAAAGCAAACCUCUUUUGGGUUUAUACCUGGUAGGAUAUGGCAUAUCUUUGCUAAUUGGAACAAUAGGAGCGGUGAACCUUCAAGACUAUUCGUCGUACAAUAUUUGCUUUAUAACAGAAACUCCCGCUCUUAAUUCAGUUAUAUUUCCGACAAUCAUUCUGAUAGCGUUCCUAGUUGUAUUGUUUCUAGCCGUAAUGUGUACUAUUAAGUCGAAAUACGUUUACACAAACACCAGUUCAUUUUCGGAAAUAACACGUGACUGCCAGCAGCAACAGAACAGACUGAAUCCGGCGACUACUGAAGGUAGUAUGUACAUGGACAGUUGCUCAUUUUCAACUUGCAGUACUCGUGCUCAACAUAUAGAAUAUUUAUCUCAGCUUAAAGUUAAACUAGCUUUACUCGUAUUGAUUAUUUUAACCUGGUUGGCAGCUGCCACGACCUCAUAUAUGACGACUAAAAACAGGAAGCAAAAUGAAAAACUUUUUAGUAUUAUUUAUGGAGCUCUGGCGUCCAUCCUUGCCUUGUCGAUAUUAUACUUCUAUUGUUUCGCGCGCAGUGACUUCAAACUGAUGUGGUUCACCAUCAGGCAACCAGCACUGUCAAAUCACACCACCAAUAUUAGCACUUGUUAUCAUUCAACAAAAGGUCCCACACGCAUUUACAGUGAAUUAACUGCAGUUAAACCUAUCGGAACCGUCAUUCCUAGCGCCAGUGCGGUAUAUUACAAGAAAGAAACCAAUACUGCAUCUAUAUACCAUGCUCCUCGCGUUGAGGUGUUUUUCAAUGCUAAUCAAAGUCAUGUAGCACGUAAAUUCUUUCGGAAACAAAAAAGGCUGGCUCGUCAACGGCAUUUUGACCUCGGUAAAACGGAAUCUUCGGAAAGACCUGACCAAUCCGACGAUUCUUCUCAGUUCUAUUUUGUACAGUCACCUCAUGCAGAAACUACUACACAUGAAGCCCAUAUGAAUGAACUUACGCUCCGCCAGGAACAAAAAGCCGUGAAUAACAAAGUUUGCUACUAUCCUAAUCUACUUUCGGACAGUUGCAACGAAAGUGAUGCUGUUGUCGACAUCAACAGCACACUGAAUGUUCGAUUCAUAAAACUGACUAAUAAUCCAGAAGUAUGUACGGAUUCAAACCUUUAUACAAACAUAGUCAAUAAAGAAGAAGAAACCAACAAACUAGAUGAUACUUUAAUAAACAAUCUGAAUGAAUGCAAACCGUGUCCUAUCUACGAAAAUAAUUUGCCUUUUGCAACAGCUGAACUUAAUGUAAAUAAUACAAAAAUAGAAGAAAAACCGAGUCAAAGUAGUGCAAACGAAUCUCGAGAAACAGGAAAACAUAAAUCCAGAUCUUUGGACUAUCUUUCCCAAUAUGCAACGGAAGUGCUACCAUCCAAAGCGGAUACACGGUGUGCUUCAACUUCUACAUUUGGCCACCUAAACGGUGCUAAAACUCUUCCCAUAAACUUUGUAAAUCGCACUCAUGGCAGUGGUCCAUUUUUGCCCCCAUUAAGCAUGUGCGAACUAUCGGGUUCUUUACUAUCGACAAAUUCAGAGCAAAACUUGCCCUACAAUCCUGACAAUACUCCAAUCGCAGAGUUCAAGUCCACAAUAAAUGAAUCGAAAGAUCUUUCGGAUAACACCGCCCGAGGAGGCACCCAUAGGCAUACGCUGUUUUGCAGCCCAACUAUGUUCAGCGAUUUCAAGUAUCAAAACUCUGAAGUCAGUCUUCGGAGUCAAGAUUAUUAUGCACCUCAACCGGAGAAAGAUGAUCUCAACUAUAGGUUUAGUGAUAUCGAUGACGAUAGCUCAUCUCAUGGUAGCCAAAGGUCGAUCGAUGAACUGUAUGAAUUAAUUAAUGGGAAUUUCCCAAACAUUAGACCAACUGCAGAUGUUGCUUCUGGAGAGCAUCUGAUGUCAAGUGAAAAUUUAAACAAUCAUCAUCAGAAGCAAUUGAAAAAUCGACAUUUGUACGCAAACACGAUCCCUAAAUUAUAGCAUAAGUCCCAAAAAUUCAUGAAAUCAUGUGCCAAUUUAUUUUCGUAGAUCAACUAUCUAAUUUAUUUCGAUAGAAUAUGCGACUGGUUACUGCAUACAUAUUUUUUGCUGAUUUUUCGUAACUGUUUCAAUUGGAUCUUUUUUAGAUUACAAACUACUACAGAACUUGCCCACGGUGACGUCAUACACCAACGAACAACAAGAUGUAAAACGGUAACUGCGGGUCGUGAUGACAAGAAUCACUGUGAACAUCCAGUGAAGUUUCGGUCGCUGGAUGUUCAUAAAUGUGUCAUUUCAAGAUGAUCUACCCACAAUACGGGAAUCAACAAUGUUCUUAAAUGUUCUUAAAGUCAGAUCGGACCAUCUGUUUUUCAAUGAUUUCGAGAAAAUGUCCUGCAAGCACUUGAAAUUUCAAAUCUCUGGCAUUAUUUUCAGAAAUACUACUAUCCUUUUAUGUAAUGACACAUCUGCAUCAAAAUAACGUCGAAAAGUUCAGGUUUAACGAAUUCCUCAGCUUAUCGCAUAGUUCACUCUGACUGAACACCGACUAAAUAUGUAUACAUAUAUGUAAAAUAUUGGUAUAAUAGGUUGUUUCAUUACCGAGAUAUCUUACAAAAAAUACAACACGCAAUAAUAUAUGAUUUGAUUUUUUUUUUAAUUAUUUGAGGUAAAUUUGAACAAAUGUUACAUACUGAUACAGUAUGUCAAAUAAUUUUUAGGCUAUUUGUCAACCAGCAAAUAAACCUCAGCAGCAAAUAAAAGAUACAAAAUUUCCAAAUAUGUUUGCGAAGUUUCUUUAUAAUAGGUCGUUUGGUAAUUGAUGGGAUUAGAAGCAAAAGGGUGUAAGUAACAAAAACCCACUUUCGAAUAAAUGAGGUUAAAAUGUUUCCACCAAUUUUUCAUCCCAUACAAAAUGUAUAGAACUCAGAAAUCUACCCAAUUUUCGCCGAUUUAUUGUAUUUUUUCUAAUAAUCGUAAAAAUAAUAUUAAAAAAAGUUCCUAAAAGCAUUAAGGACAAGAUAUUUGGAGUACAUAGCCCAAAAUUUCUAGAGCACCGUUGAACGGAUUUGGAUAAAAAUGCAUCACGCUAAUUGUUCAGUGGUUGUCAACAGCGUGAUGCAUUUUAAUCCAAAUCCGUUCAACGGUUCUAAAAAACGGUGCUCUAGAAAUUUUGAGCAAUGUACUCCAAAUACCUUGUCCUUAAAUCUGAAGAAUUUUUUGACAUGCUUAGCUCAAAAUCGACAAAAUGGUCACUUACACCCCUUUGCAUCUGGGCCCCUCAAUUGAGAUUCAUUCAAAUACAACCCACAUAUAAAUAAGGCUAUUUUGACAGAAUAUUCAAAUACAGUUGACUCUACAUCUCGAUAUUGAAGGGACCAUCGAGAUAGGGAGAGAUCGAACUCAAGAACCAAUUUGUAAUGCACACUUGAUUGAAAAAUCGUCCGUUACUAGGAAAAACCGUUAACAAACAGUUGUCACUUUGCCUUCCCAGAAUGUUUUGUACCUAAGAAACGAGAUCUAGCAACCUGUAAAAACGGGCAUAUCGACAUAUGGAGAAAAAAUCUAGAACAAAAACGAACGCGAUCGCAUCGAGAUAGAGAGAUAUCGAGAUAAGGAGAUAUCGACAUGUAGAAAGGUAAAAUGUAUGCAGAUUGAAGGGACCGACCAAACCAUCGAGAUAGGGAGAGAUAUCGAGAUGUAGAACAUCGACAUGUGGAAAGUCGACUGUAAAUAAUUUUCAACCGAUUUCUCAUCAGGUUUAACACGAAACAACGAACACCGUGAAAUAAAAAAAAAUACAGCGAAACUUUUGAUAAGUGUAAGAAGGGUACUAUUCUGCCGUGUGCAGUUGUCCCAUGUUCUAAUGAAAACCCUACACCAUCGUUGGACUAAUUCGGGAUUUUCAUAUGGAACUGAUAUGCAGAUACAUGCAGUAUGUAUGUUUGUAUUAUCAAUGCCUAUUUAGCUCAAUAACGUUUGCAAAAUGGUUUUGGUAACCAUAAAUCGAUUUUUUUUCUGUAAAAAAAUAUGCUUUGUAACCAGAGUGUGUUGUAUAUGCGUGUAUGGCAAAAGCACUUACGAGUGUAAGGCCGACUUUCCUCUGCAAUAAGAAUGUUGCAACCGAACAGCACAUACAAACAGACAAGGCUCUUGGAACAAGCUAUGUUCACUUAUCUGUGCAAAUAUGAUCAACUUUAAUUUAGUAAAACAGCAUGUGAACAAGACUGAUAAUAUAAUAAACUUGUAGGUGUUUUAUAAUA